CUCAGGAUCCUCGUUGGACGGACUGCUUCUUCGAUGUUGAACAGCGUCUCCGUCUCCAUCUCCGAGGACGACGGCGAUGUCGUGGGGAGGACGCGAGUUCGCCCUCGCCAUAGGCGCAAGAAGACGUGGCCUGGAGGGCGGCGCGAGAUCCUCCCUCGGGCGGCGAGGGCCGCGAUUCGAUGGUGGCCGGUGUUGUUGUUCAUCCCAGUCAUUAUUCUUCUCUUCGAGAUCUCGAGAGUGGGGAGGAAGCUUCCCGACGAUGACCGACCCAAUCUGAGCGCUUCCUCCAAGGAGGAGGAGUCGCCGCGGAACUUAAAUCGACUCGAUCGGAUGACCAGAGUCGUUCACGGCGUUAGAAAGCCCUGCCUUAAAAUCCUUAAUGCAGAGCAGAUAGAAAAAUUAGAAUUUCCAGCAUCUGCAGAAGCUGAUUUCCCUGCCAAGAGUGUGCUAUACAAAGUAGAGACUGGUGAACACCAUGUUGAAGGCAAUGGUACAUUUCUGCCGAAAACAGAAACUACAAGGUUUAAUUUGUUUACUGGAUAUCCAACACUUGGUGAAAGAGAACAAAGUUUCAAGGUUAAUGAAACUGCUGCUGUGCAUUGUGGGUUUUACAGUGAAAGAGGAGGAUUUAAAAUUCCUGAUGCUGACAAAGAUUAUCUGAAAACCUGCAAAGUGGCAGUCUCAACAUGUGCAUUUGGUGGAGGGGAUGAUCUGUACCAACCUAUUGGAAUGACAUAUGCAUCACUAAAUAAGGUUUGGGCUGCCAAGGUUUGUUAUGUGGCAUUCUGGGAUGAAGUUACUCUUUCAUCCCAGAAAAAGAAUGGGAAAGUAAUUGGUGAAGACCAAUUCAUUGGUAAAUGGCGCAUUGUGGUUGUCAAGGAUCUUCCUUUUUCAGAUCAACGAUUGAAUGGGAAAAUACCCAAGAUGUUGAGCCAUCGACUUUUCCCUAACGCAAGGUUUUCAAUUUGGGUCGACUCAAAGUCUCAGUUUCGAAGAGAUCCAAUUGGUGUACUUGAAGCUCUACUUUGGCGUACUAAUUCUGUGCUUGCUAUUUCUGAGCAUGGAGCUCGGAGCAGCCUCUAUGACGAAGCAAAGGCUGUUAUUAAGAAACACAAAGCCACACCAGAAGAAGUCGAAAUUCAACUACAUCAGUAUAGACAAGAUGGUAUUCCCGACGAGAAGAGGCUGAAUGGAAAGAAAGCUCUAGCUGAAGCAUCUGUGAUAGUGAGGGAGCACACUCCAUCGACAAAUAUUUUCAUGUGUCUCUGGUUCAAUGAGGUCGUUCGAUUCACUUCAAGAGAUCAACUGAGCUUCCCAUAUGUUCUCCGACGUCUAAAGAUCCCUCGAGUAAAUAUGUUUCCUGUAUGCACCAGAAAAGAUCUCGUGAACAGUAUGGGGCAUACCCGCAAGGUGAAACCUCUUGUAAAGCAAACCAGUUAACCCUUCGAUGCUUAAAUACUCACCAAACACACAUCUAAUUCGUUUUGGAUUAACUUCUUCACUGAUAUUGAAGUGAUGAUUUGGACAAUCCAAAAAUAGUGAUCAUUAGUUCAUUUGUUUUAGUGAAUGAUAGUAAUCCCAGCAGUUCUUGAGUGAUUAGUUCUGAGUUUGUUUCUUCUUCCAUUUUACCUGCCUAGUGAUUCUGUGUAGGAUUUGAAAUCUACCUAGUGAUGAGAAUUUUGUAAUAUAGGUGUUCAAUAAAUCCUUA